UAGUACAACAUGUGUUGUUGGCAUUCCAUUAACCACAAAAGUAUUCAUAAGCCAUGUGAUGAUCUUAAUUAUAUAUUUCUAUGUGCUCUGCUUUCUAAACAUGAGAUGGUGACUUUUGCUGUCCAUGCAGGUUGUGCGCAGUGGUCUUCUUCUUCACUCUCAUGCGUGGGUAUCUUCUCUUCAUGGUGAUCAUUCUGUCAAAGCAUGGAGGAUUAAUUAAGCACCAUGUGGUGGCAUUGCUUUUCAGACAUGAACAUGGGAGCUAAUCUUUCUAUACUCACAACCUUGCUGUUAAAGAACAAAGGAGGGAGCCUUUGCAUCUGGCUUCGAUAUCGUCUUGCUGCCAUAGGAGAAAGAAAGAAGACCAUGGCAGCUUGGUUCUCCACCUUCUUCUGACAAGAACCUUGCUGUCAUGGAAGAAUGGAGGAAACCACAAAUCAGCUUUCAAUCUCUCCUUGCUGUCCAAGAUGGAAGUAGGAAGCAAGUGCCUAUUCACCUCGUGAUCUUCUGGUGAUUUGUUAGUAUUAACAUAUUGGCAAGGAGAGGCAAUAUCCCAUUGAGAUGGAUCCGGGUGAGGAAGAAAAUCUUGGAGAGGUAAUUAAUAUCCCCUUGAGAUGGAUCUGGGUGAGGAAGAAAAUCUUGGAGAGGUAAUUAAUAUCCCCUUGAGAUGGAUCCGAGUGAAGAAGAAAGGUGAAAGCAACCAUAUCUUUUCCUUGCUGUCCACUCAGUGUAAUCAUGAAGACCUUGCUGUCUAAAAUGAUAGGGGGAAGCAAGCAACUGGUGAUCAUUCAUACAUGAACUUAAAGACCAAGUAUGAUAGUUUGUUUAAUUGCAAGUAUGGAUAUCUUGCUGUCGAAGACAGGUGGCCUUGUUCAUCUUCAUGGAAACCUUGCUGUCAAAGAUCAAAGUGGGAGACAAUUGCAGCAGGGUUCCCCAUUUUAGUUGGUUAUCUUGCCGAAACACAAGGCCCUACUCCAACCAAGCUUCUAGCAACUUUGACAGAAUGGAAUUCCUUCUUCCUCCUAUAUAUACAUGGGUAUUCUGUUUGUUCUAGGUAUUGAAAUCGUGUUGAGUUUCAAUCCCUUGAUUGUAAAAGAGUCAGACUCUUUGUUGCUCUGUUUUGUUCCAUGUUGAAAACAGUUUGUGAGUCUGUCCAGUAAGGAUUGCAGCAGUCAUUGCAAUCCCACAGUUAAAUGUGUAGUCUGUCCAGUAAGGAUUGCAGCAGUCAGUGCAAUCCCAGAUUGUAAGUUAGUCAGUUCAGGAGGGAUUGCCGCGGUCAGUGCAAUACCUGAGUUGUAACUUUGUAAUCUGUUUUGAUUAGUGAAUCAUUGGGUUCUCAAGAGUUAGAGCCCCGCAGUGUUUUUGAUCUCAAUUGAGGUUUUCACUGCGUGACCAAGUUGUGUUGUGUUGUGGAAUUUUCUGUUCUCUGCCCAGUAUCCAAAACACGUUCAUCCUUGUAUUUACAAUUGGCAUCAGAGCGGGUUCUAAAGAUUUUUAGUUGAUCCGUGGUCAAGGAUGGAAUGUGAACGCGACAGAGCCUCUAGUUCCAUAAAUUGCCCGCCUUGUUUUGAUGGUGAAGAUUUCUCGCAAUGGAAGAUCAUGAUGAGUAUCAAGCCUAAGAAAAAGGUAAAAAAUGUUGCUUUCUCAUCUCUUAAAAUGAAAGAUGUUGAUGAUAGUAGUUCUGUGGAUUUUUCCUUACUAAUCAAUGAGUUUAAAAAAUUUCUUAAAAAUAAAAACUCUUCUGAUCGUAUUUUGAAAAAUACACCUGAAUCAAAAAUGGGGCAAUUAUCUGAGAAAUGCAUUGUUAAAAAAUGUAAAUGUUAUGAAUGUGGUGGUAUUGGUCAUAUCUCUUCUGAUUGUGGAAACAAAAAGUAUAGCUCACGAAAUAACAGGGCUCUUAAAUCGACUUGGAGCAAUAGUGACGAAGAUUCUCAAUCUGAGAAUGAAGAGGUAAAUCUUGCUCUUAUUUCCUCUCUUAAUCAUGACUUAUCCGAUGAGUUUGAUAUUAAAGUUGAAGCUUUUGAUGAGGAGACAAAUGAAAAAUGUAAACAAUUGUACAAUGCUUCAAAAAUUGUUCUUAAGAAAAAUUUCAAACUUGAACAAGAAGUAAAGUCUUUAAGAGUGAAAAAAGAAAAAAUUGAGCAAAAUUUUGAAAAUACUUUAAGAGAAUGGGAAAAGGAACGUUCUAACCUUGUUGAUAAGAUUAAAGUUUUGCAGGAUGAAAUCAAGUCUCAAGAUUGGGACAAAGAGCAUGAUGAUCUUAUUAACAAAAUUAAGAUAUUGCAUGUUGAAGUCAAGGCUCAGUCUACUCUAAAUGUUUCACUAACCUAUGAAAAUGAGAAAUUGCAGGAUGAGCUAUUUAAAGUCAAGGAAAGCUUCAACAAGUUCUCCAUUGGGUCUGAAAAGGUUUCUAAGAUGAUUGGCUUUGGUAAAGUUCAUAGCAACAAAGAAGGUUUAGGGUAUGAAGGUGGAACUUGCAAGCCUUUGACCUUUGUAAGAGGUGUGGAAUGUGAAAAGUCAAUGGGCCAUUCUCAAACUUCAAAUGACCAUGAUUCUGCUCCCAAGUUGCCCAAAAGAUUAGAACCGAAUUUGAAUUCUCAAACCAAUCAGAGAGUUGCUCAGGUAAGUUCUGACAAACACAGGUAUAUUCACAACUCCAUAAAGUUCAUUCCCACUUGUCAUUAUUGUGGAAAAUUGGGACACAUACGUCCUAGAUGUAAUAUACUUCGCAGGAUCACUCAAAGUCAAAGGAAAGCAUCAAAAAUUAGCCCAAUUGCAUCGCUGCAAGCUGAGCUGAAAGAGCAUCUGAAGUUGAUUAAAAGGAUGGCAGAGCGUAUUCCAAUCCCCAAAGAGCAGAAUUUGAAGCAGAAGCAAAUUUGGAUUAAAAAAGGUUCUAAUAAUUGUCUUUCUGCUCAUAUGGAUAAACUUGAUAACAUGUUUGAACUUGCUUCUGUUCCUAUUAAACACAAAUUGGCUGAUUCGGUUACUAAGUCCUUAGACACAGCUCGAUUUGAAUCUCUUAGAAGCGACAUUGGUGGGUGCUCUAAGUAUUGAUACUCUCACUUCACUUGAUCCAUUCUGCAUGCAUUCAUAAUGUAUGAUCUCAUUGUAGUAUAAGUGCAUUGCUCUUUUUAUUUCUGUAUUUUUUAUUUUUCUGGUUUCUGGAGAAUCAGGAUUGCAUGUGUAGUUUGUAUCCCGAAGUGUCUGACAGAUUCAUUUGAACUUAGAUUGACAAGGUUUCUACUCCCUUCCUUAAAUAUGAGUGUGAUGAGAUGAUUAGCAUGUUUUGAACUUGUUCUUGCAUCACUGUGUAAUCUCGAACAUGAUCAACAUAUUCUCUAUCACUUUGUAUGAUCACAUGCACACAUACUCCUUGUGGUGGUAAGUAAUAUUCUUGGUUGACUUGUUCUUAGUCCACACAUAUGAAGUUGUUAAAAUGUUAUUAUUGCUCCUAGUUAAAAAGGUACAAUAUAUUUGGAGCAUGGCCAGGCUAUUCCCAAAGUAAACAGGCCUUGGUCGUGACGAACGAUAUAAGGAUUGGGAAGAAAAGGGAAUGGUUUGGUCACCCCGGUGGUAUGUAAAACUAUUGACUCGAGUUGAUGUGUCCUUUGGGAUGUCCUUGUUACAUCUAGUACCCUAAAGUCAUCUGACUUGGGAGCUGCUGGCAUAAAACUCAUUACAUGAGUCUUAGUUUUCUUGUGAAAAACUAUAUGUUGUGUGAAAAGGCAAAAGAAAAGAUUACAAAUUGUGCCCACACGGUGUUAUAAGGAGAAAUAUCUAUCGAAUAUGUUGGUCUAUUUCUCUUCUUAUGUGUGUUCUAAUUUCAAGGAUUCUAAGAAUGUUACACACUCCAUCUUGAGUUAUGUUCACUUACACAACAAAGGUAUAGAAUACUCGAUCAUCUUCCAGCUUACCUUGUGGUUGUCAAAAAUGGUUUACUCAUGUGACCUUAUCUUGUUGCAUUCAUGUUUAUGGAUUUGUGGUCGUACUCUUGUCUGAAAAGCUAUGCAAAUUGAAUCUGUUUUUAACUCUUGGAUACAAACCCACUCAUUGUGUGUUUGCAUUUCAUUCGUGCAUCCUUCAUAACAUGAUCCCAUUUAGGGGGAGUAUUGAUAUUUGGACUAUCUUCCUCUGAUUGUUUCUUCUUGGGUUGGUGUCUCUUGAGCAACAUCUACAGGUAAUUCUUCUUCUACAUUGCUUCGGCUACAUAGUUGCCUUUGUCAUUCCUUGACAAAAAGGGGGAGAAGAUAUUGUUGGCAUUUUGUUUUUUCUGUUAAGGAUUAUUUUGCUACUACAUGGCUUAUUGAGUUGUGGCUUCAUCAUAUUAUUUAUUUCUCACAAAGUUUGUGUGAUAAAUGUUUCAGGGAAUGAAGGCUUCUUUCUUCCUAAGAAUUCUCAAGUAUUUGUUGAGGGGGAGUUAGCCAUCCAUAUAGUAAUUUUGUUAAGGAAUGCCAAAGGGGGAGAUUGUUAGUACAACAUGUGUUGUUGGCAUUCCAUUAACCACAAAAGUUGUGCGCAGUGGUCUUCUUCUUCACUCUCAUGCGUGGGUAUCUUCUCUUCAUGGUGAUCAUUCUGUCAAAGCAUGGAGGAUUAAUUAAGCACCAUGUGGUGGCAUUGCUUUUCAGACAUGAACAUGGGAGCUAAUCUUUCUAUACUCACAACCUUGCUGUUAAAGAACAAAGGAGGGAGCCUUUGCAUCUGGCUUCGAUAUCGUCUUGCUGCCAUAGGAGAAAGAAAGAAGACCAUGGCAGCUUGGUUCUCCACCUUCUUCUGACAAGAACCUUGCUGUCAUGGAAGAAUGGAGGAAACCACAAAUCAGCUUUCAAUCUCUCCUUGCUGUCCAAGAUGGAAGUAGGAAGCAAGUGCCUAUUCACCUCGUGAUCUUCUGGUGAUUUGUUAGUAUUAACAUAUUGGCAAGGAGAGGCAAUAUCCCAUUGAGAUGGAUCCGGGUGAGGAAGAAAAUCUUGGAGAGGUAAUUAAUAUCCCCUUGAGAUGGAUCUGGGUGAGGAAGAAAAUCUUGGAGAGGUAAUUAAUAUCCCCUUGAGAUGGAUCCGAGUGAAGAAGAAAGGUGAAAGCAACCAUAUCUUUUCCUUGCUGUCCACUCAGUGUAAUCAUGAAGACCUUGCUGUCUAAAAUGAUAGGGGGAAGCAAGCAACUGGUGAUCAUUCAUACAUGAACUUAAAGACCAAGUAUGAUAGUUUGUUUAAUUGCAAGUAUGGAUAUCUUGCUGUCGAAGACAGGUGGCCUUGUUCAUCUUCAUGGAAACCUUGCUGUCAAAGAUCAAAGUGGGAGACAAUUGCAGCAGGGUUCCCCAUUUUAGUUGGUUAUCUUGCCGAAACACAAGGCCCUACUCCAACCAAGCUUCUAGCAACUUUGACAGAAUGGAAUUCCUUCUUCCUCCUAUAUAUACAUGGGUAUUCUGUUUGUUCUAGGUAUUGAAAUCGUGUUGAGUUUCAAUCCCUUGAUUGUAAAAGAGUCAGACUCUUUGUUGCUCUGUUUUGUUCCAUGUUGAAAACAGUUUGUGAGUCUGUCCAGUAAGGAUUGCAGCAGUCAUUGCAAUCCCACAGUUAAAUGUGUAGUCUGUCCAGUAAGGAUUGCAGCAGUCAGUGCAAUCCCAGAUUGUAAGUUAGUCAGUUCAGGAGGGAUUGCCGCGGUCAGUGCAAUACCUGAGUUGUAACUUUGUAAUCUGUUUUGAUUAGUGAAUCAUUGGGUUCUCAAGAGUUAGAGCCCCGCAGUGUUUUUGAUCUCAAUUGAGGUUUUCACUGCGUGACCAAGUUGUGUUGUGUUGUGGAAUUUUCUGUUCUCUGCCCAGUAUCCAAAACACGUUCAUCCUUGUAUUUACAAUUGGCAUCAGAGCGGGUUCUAAAGAUUUUUAGUUGAUCCGUGGUCAAGGAUGGAAUGUGAACGCGACAGAGCCUCUAGUUCCAUAAAUUGCCCGCCUUGUUUUGAUGGUGAAGAUUUCUCGCAAUGGAAGAUCAUGAUGAGUAUCAAGCCUAAGAAAAAGGUAAAAAAUGUUGCUUUCUCAUCUCUUAAAAUGAAAGAUGUUGAUGAUAGUAGUUCUGUGGAUUUUUCCUUACUAAUCAAUGAGUUUAAAAAAUUUCUUAAAAAUAAAAACUCUUCUGAUCGUAUUUUGAAAAAUACACCUGAAUCAAAAAUGGGGCAAUUAUCUGAGAAAUGCAUUGUUAAAAAAUGUAAAUGUUAUGAAUGUGGUGGUAUUGGUCAUAUCUCUUCUGAUUGUGGAAACAAAAAGUAUAGCUCACGAAAUAACAGGGCUCUUAAAUCGACUUGGAGCAAUAGUGACGAAGAUUCUCAAUCUGAGAAUGAAGAGGUAAAUCUUGCUCUUAUUUCCUCUCUUAAUCAUGACUUAUCCGAUGAGUUUGAUAUUAAAGUUGAAGCUUUUGAUGAGGAGACAAAUGAAAAAUGUAAACAAUUGUACAAUGCUUCAAAAAUUGUUCUUAAGAAAAAUUUCAAACUUGAACAAGAAGUAAAGUCUUUAAGAGUGAAAAAAGAAAAAAUUGAGCAAAAUUUUGAAAAUACUUUAAGAGAAUGGGAAAAGGAACGUUCUAACCUUGUUGAUAAGAUUAAAGUUUUGCAGGAUGAAAUCAAGUCUCAAGAUUGGGACAAAGAGCAUGAUGAUCUUAUUAACAAAAUUAAGAUAUUGCAUGUUGAAGUCAAGGCUCAGUCUACUCUAAAUGUUUCACUAACCUAUGAAAAUGAGAAAUUGCAGGAUGAGCUAUUUAAAGUCAAGGAAAGCUUCAACAAGUUCUCCAUUGGGUCUGAAAAGGUUUCUAAGAUGAUUGGCUUUGGUAAAGUUCAUAGCAACAAAGAAGGUUUAGGGUAUGAAGGUGGAACUUGCAAGCCUUUGACCUUUGUAAGAGGUGUGGAAUGUGAAAAGUCAAUGGGCCAUUCUCAAACUUCAAAUGACCAUGAUUCUGCUCCCAAGUUGCCCAAAAGAUUAGAACCGAAUUUGAAUUCUCAAACCAAUCAGAGAGUUGCUCAGGUAAGUUCUGACAAACACAGGUAUAUUCACAACUCCAUAAAGUUCAUUCCCACUUGUCAUUAUUGUGGAAAAUUGGGACACAUACGUCCUAGAUGUAAUAUACUUCGCAGGAUCACUCAAAGUCAAAGGAAAGCAUCAAAAAUUAGCCCAAUUGCAUCGCUGCAAGCUGAGCUGAAAGAGCAUCUGAAGUUGAUUAAAAGGAUGGCAGAGUGUAUUCCAAUCCCCAAAGAGCAGAAUUUGAAGCAGAAGCAAAUUUGGAUUAAAAAAGGUUCUAAUAAUUGUCUUUCUGCUCAUAUGGAUAAACUUGAUAACAUGUUUGAACUUGCUUCUGUUCCUAUUAAACACAAAUUGGCUGAUUCGGUUACUAAGUCCUUAGACACAGCUCGAUUUGAAUCUCUUAGAAGCGACAUUGGUGGGUGCUCUAAGUAUUGAUACUCUCACUUCACUUGAUCCAUUCUGCAUGCAUUCAUAAUGUAUGAUCUCAUUGUAGUAUAAGUGCAUUGCUCUUUUUAUUUCUGUAUUUUUUAUUUUUCUGGUUUCUGGAGAAUCAGGAUUGCAUGUGUAGUUUGUAUCCCGAAGUGUCUGACAGAUUCAUUUGAACUUAGAUUGACAAGGUUUCUACUCCCUUCCUUAAAUAUGAGUGUGAUGAGAUGAUUAGCAUGUUUUGAACUUGUUCUUGCAUCACUGUGUAAUCUCGAACAUGAUCAACAUAUUCUCUAUCACUUUGUAUGAUCACAUGCACACAUACUCCUUGUGGUGGUAAGUAAUAUUCUUGGUUGACUUGUUCUUAGUCCACACAUAUGAAGUUGUUAAAAUGUUAUUAUUGCUCCUAGUUAAAAAGGUACAAUAUAUUUGGAGCAUGGCCAGGCUAUUCCCAAAGUAAACAGGCCUUGGUCGUGACGAACGAUAUAAGGAUUGGGAAGAAAAGGGAAUGGUUUGGUCACCCCGGUGGUAUGUAAAACUAUUGACUCGAGUUGAUGUGUCCUUUGGGAUGUCCUUGUUACAUCUAGUACCCUAAAGUCAUCUGACUUGGGAGCUGCUGGCAUAAAACUCAUUACAUGAGUCUUAGUUUUCUUGUGAAAAACUAUAUGUUGUGUGAAAAGGCAAAAGAAAAGAUUACAAAUUGUGCCCACACGGUGUUAUAAGGAGAAAUAUCUAUCGAAUAUGUUGGUCUAUUUCUCUUCUUAUGUGUGUUCUAAUUUCAAGGAUUCUAAGAAUGUUACACACUCCAUCUUGAGUUAUGUUCACUUACACAACAAAGGUAUAGAAUACUCGAUCAUCUUCCAGCUUACCUUGUGGUUGUCAAAAAUGGUUUACUCAUGUGACCUUAUCUUGUUGCAUUCAUGUUUAUGGAUUUGUGGUCGUACUCUUGUCUGAAAAGCUAUGCAAAUUGAAUCUGUUUUUAACUCUUGGAUACAAACCCACUCAUUGUGUGUUUGCAUUUCAUUCGUGCAUCCUUCAUAACAUGAUCCCAUUUAGGGGGAGUAUUGAUAUUUGGACUAUCUUCCUCUGAUUGUUUCUUCUUGGGUUGGUGUCUCUUGAGCAACAUCUACAGGUAAUUCUUCUUCUACAUUGCUUCGGCUACAUAGUUGCCUUUGUCAUUCCUUGACAAAAAGGGGGAGAAGAUAUUGUUGGCAUUUUGUUUUUUCUGUUAAGGAUUAUUUUGCUACUACAUGGCUUAUUGAGUUGUGGCUUCAUCAUAUUAUUUAUUUCUCACAAAGUUUGUGUGAUAAAUGUUUCAGGGAAUGAAGGCUUCUUUCUUCCUAAGAAUUCUCAAGUAUUUGUUGAGGGGGAGUUAGCCAUCCAUAUAGUAAUUUUGUUAAGGAAUGCCAAAGGGGGAGAUUGUUAGUACAACAUGUGUUGUUGGCAUUCCAUUAACCACAAAAGUUGUGCGCAGUGGUCUUCUUCUUCACUCUCAUGCGUGGGUAUCUUCUCUUCAUGGUGAUCAUUCUGUCAAAGCAUGGAGGAUUAAUUAAGCACCAUGUGGUGGCAUUGCUUUUCAGACAUGAACAUGGGAGCUAAUCUUUCUAUACUCACAACCUUGCUGUUAAAGAACAAAGGAGGGAGCCUUUGCAUCUGGCUUCGAUAUCGUCUUGCUGCCAUAGGAGAAAGAAAGAAGACCAUGGCAGCUUGGUUCUCCACCUUCUUCUGACAAGAACCUUGCUGUCAUGGAAGAAUGGAGGAAACCACAAAUCAGCUUUCAAUCUCUCCUUGCUGUCCAAGAUGGAAGUAGGAAGCAAGUGCCUAUUCACCUCGUGAUCUUCUGGUGAUUUGUUAGUAUUAACAUAUUGGCAAGGAGAGGCAAUAUCCCAUUGAGAUGGAUCCGGGUGAGGAAGAAAAUCUUGGAGAGGUAAUUAAUAUCCCCUUGAGAUGGAUCUGGGUGAGGAAGAAAAUCUUGGAGAGGUAAUUAAUAUCCCCUUGAGAUGGAUCCGAGUGAAGAAGAAAGGUGAAAGCAACCAUAUCUUUUCCUUGCUGUCCACUCAGUGUAAUCAUGAAGACCUUGCUGUCUAAAAUGAUAGGGGGAAGCAAGCAACUGGUGAUCAUUCAUACAUGAACUUAAAGACCAAGUAUGAUAGUUUGUUUAAUUGCAAGUAUGGAUAUCUUGCUGUCGAAGACAGGUGGCCUUGUUCAUCUUCAUGGAAACCUUGCUGUCAAAGAUCAAAGUGGGAGACAAUUGCAGCAGGGUUCCCCAUUUUAGUUGGUUAUCUUGCCGAAACACAAGGCCCUACUCCAACCAAGCUUCUAGCAACUUUGACAGAAUGGAAUUCCUUCUUCCUCCUAUAUAUACAUGGGUAUUCUGUUUGUUCUAGGUAUUGAAAUCGUGUUGAGUUUCAAUCCCUUGAUUGUAAAAGAGUCAGACUCUUUGUUGCUCUGUUUUGUUCCAUGUUGAAAACAGUUUGUGAGUCUGUCCAGUAAGGAUUGCAGCAGUCAUUGCAAUCCCACAGUUAAAUGUGUAGUCUGUCCAGUAAGGAUUGCAGCAGUCAGUGCAAUCCCAGAUUGUAAGUUAGUCAGUUCAGGAGGGAUUGCCGCGGUCAGUGCAAUACCUGAGUUGUAACUUUGUAAUCUGUUUUGAUUAGUGAAUCAUUGGGUUCUCAAGAGUUAGAGCCCCGCAGUGUUUUUGAUCUCAAUUGAGGUUUUCACUGCGUGACCAAGUUGUGUUGUGUUGUGGAAUUUUCUGUUCUCUGCCCAGUAUCCAAAACACGUUCAUCCUUGUAUUUACAAUUGGCAUCAGAGCGGGUUCUAAAGAUUUUUAGUUGAUCCGUGGUCAAGGAUGGAAUGUGAACGCGACAGAGCCUCUAGUUCCAUAAAUUGCCCGCCUUGUUUUGAUGGUGAAGAUUUCUCGCAAUGGAAGAUCAUGAUGAGUAUCAAGCCUAAGAAAAAGGAUGAGCUAUUUAAAGUCAAGGAAAGCUUCAACAAGUUCUCCAUUGGGUCUGAAAAGGUUUCUAAGAUGAUUGGCUUUGGUAAAGUUCAUAGCAACAAAGAAGGUUUAGGGUAUGAAGGUGGAACUUGCAAGCCUUUGACCUUUGUAAGAGGUGUGGAAUGUGAAAAGUCAAUGGGCCAUUCUCAAACUUCAAAUGACCAUGAUUCUGCUCCCAAGUUGCCCAAAAGAUUAGAACCGAAUUUGAAUUCUCAAACCAAUCAGAGAGUUGCUCAGGUAAGUUCUGACAAACACAGGUAUAUUCACAACUCCAUAAAGUUCAUUCCCACUUGUCAUUAUUGUGGAAAAUUGGGACACAUACGUCCUAGAUGUAAUAUACUUCGCAGGAUCACUCAAAGUCAAAGGAAAGCAUCAAAAAUUAGCCCAAUUGCAUCGCUGCAAGCUGAGCUGAAAGAGCAUCUGAAGUUGAUUAAAAGGAUGGCAGAGCGUAUUCCAAUCCCCAAAGAGCAGAAUUUGAAGCAGAAGCAAAUUUGGAUUAAAAAAGGUUCUAAUAAUUGUCUUUCUGCUCAUAUGGAUAAACUUGAUAACAUGUUUGAACUUGCUUCUGUUCCUAUUAAACACAAAUUGGCUGAUUCGGUUACUAAGUCCUUAGACACAGCUCGAUUUGAAUCUCUUAGAAGCGACAUUGGUGGGUGCUCUAAGUAUUGAUACUCUCACUUCACUUGAUCCAUUCUGCAUGCAUUCAUAAUGUAUGAUCUCAUUGUAGUAUAAGUGCAUUGCUCUUUUUAUUUCUGUAUUUUUUAUUUUUCUGGUUUCUGGAGAAUCAGGAUUGCAUGUGUAGUUUGUAUCCCGAAGUGUCUGACAGAUUCAUUUGAACUUAGAUUGACAAGGUUUCUACUCCCUUCCUUAAAUAUGAGUGUGAUGAGAUGAUUAGCAUGUUUUGAACUUGUUCUUGCAUCACUGUGUAAUCUCGAACAUGAUCAACAUAUUCUCUAUCACUUUGUAUGAUCACAUGCACACAUACUCCUUGUGGUGGUAAGUAAUAUUCUUGGUUGACUUGUUCUUAGUCCACACAUAUGAAGUUGUUAAAAUGUUAUUAUUGCUCCUAGUUAAAAAGGUACAAUAUAUUUGGAGCAUGGCCAGGCUAUUCCCAAAGUAAACAGGCCUUGGUCGUGACGAACGAUAUAAGGAUUGGGAAGAAAAGGGAAUGGUUUGGUCACCCCGGUGGUAUGUAAAACUAUUGACUCGAGUUGAUGUGUCCUUUGGGAUGUCCUUGUUACAUCUAGUACCCUAAAGUCAUCUGACUUGGGAGCUGCUGGCAUAAAACUCAUUACAUGAGUCUUAGUUUUCUUGUGAAAAACUAUAUGUUGUGUGAAAAGGCAAAAGAAAAGAUUACAAAUUGUGCCCACACGGUGUUAUAAGGAGAAAUAUCUAUCGAAUAUGUUGGUCUAUUUCUCUUCUUAUGUGUGUUCUAAUUUCAAGGAUUCUAAGAAUGUUACACACUCCAUCUUGAGUUAUGUUCACUUACACAACAAAGGUAUAGAAUACUCGAUCAUCUUCCAGCUUACCUUGUGGUUGUCAAAAAUGGUUUACUCAUGUGACCUUAUCUUGUUGCAUUCAUGUUUAUGGAUUUGUGGUCGUACUCUUGUCUGAAAAGCUAUGCAAAUUGAAUCUGUUUUUAACUCUUGGAUACAAACCCACUCAUUGUGUGUUUGCAUUUCAUUCGUGCAUCCUUCAUAACAUGAUCCCAUUUAGGGGGAGUAUUGAUAUUUGGACUAUCUUCCUCUGAUUGUUUCUUCUUGGGUUGGUGUCUCUUGAGCAACAUCUACAGGUAAUUCUUCUUCUACAUUGCUUCGGCUACAUAGUUGCCUUUGUCAUUCCUUGACAAAAAGGGGGAGAAGAUAUUGUUGGCAUUUUGUUUUUUCUGUUAAGGAUUAUUUUGCUACUACAUGGCUUAUUGAGUUGUGGCUUCAUCAUAUUAUUUAUUUCUCACAAAGUUUGUGUGAUAAAUGUUUCAGGGAAUGAAGGCUUCUUUCUUCCUAAGAAUUCUCAAGUAUUUGUUGAGGGGGAGUUAGCCAUCCAUAUAGUAAUUUUGUUAAGGAAUGCCAAAGGGGGAGAUUGUUAGUACAACAUGUGUUGUUGGCAUUCCAUUAACCACAAAAGUUGUGCGCAGUGGUCUUCUUCUUCACUCUCAUGCGUGGGUAUCUUCUCUUCAUGGUGAUCAUUCUGUCAAAGCAUGGAGGAUUAAUUAAGCACCAUGUGGUGGCAUUGCUUUUCAGACAUGAACAUGGGAGCUAAUCUUUCUAUACUCACAACCUUGCUGUUAAAGAACAAAGGAGGGAGCCUUUGCAUCUGGCUUCGAUAUCGUCUUGCUGCCAUAGGAGAAAGAAAGAAGACCAUGGCAGCUUGGUUCUCCACCUUCUUCUGACAAGAACCUUGCUGUCAUGGAAGAAUGGAGGAAACCACAAAUCAGCUUUCAAUCUCUCCUUGCUGUCCAAGAUGGAAGUAGGAAGCAAGUGCCUAUUCACCUCGUGAUCUUCUGGUGAUUUGUUAGUAUUAACAUAUUGGCAAGGAGAGGCAAUAUCCCAUUGAGAUGGAUCCGGGUGAGGAAGAAAAUCUUGGAGAGGUAAUUAAUAUCCCCUUGAGAUGGAUCUGGGUGAGGAAGAAAAUCUUGGAGAGGUAAUUAAUAUCCCCUUGAGAUGGAUCCGAGUGAAGAAGAAAGGUGAAAGCAACCAUAUCUUUUCCUUGCUGUCCACUCAGUGUAAUCAUGAAGACCUUGCUGUCUAAAAUGAUAGGGGGAAGCAAGCAACUGGUGAUCAUUCAUACAUGAACUUAAAGACCAAGUAUGAUAGUUUGUUUAAUUGCAAGUAUGGAUAUCUUGCUGUCGAAGACAGGUGGCCUUGUUCAUCUUCAUGGAAACCUUGCUGUCAAAGAUCAAAGUGGGAGACAAUUGCAGCAGGGUUCCCCAUUUUAGUUGGUUAUCUUGCCGAAACACAAGGCCCUACUCCAACCAAGCUUCUAGCAACUUUGACAGAAUGGAAUUCCUUCUUCCUCCUAUAUAUACAUGGGUAUUCUGUUUGUUCUAGGUAUUGAAAUCGUGUUGAGUUUCAAUCCCUUGAUUGUAAAAGAGUCAGACUCUUUGUUGCUCUGUUUUGUUCCAUGUUGAAAACAGUUUGUGAGUCUGUCCAGUAAGGAUUGCAGCAGUCAUUGCAAUCCCACAGUUAAAUGUGUAGUCUGUCCAGUAAGGAUUGCAGCAGUCAGUGCAAUCCCAGAUUGUAAGUUAGUCAGUUCAGGAGGGAUUGCCGCGGUCAGUGCAAUACCUGAGUUGUAACUUUGUAAUCUGUUUUGAUUAGUGAAUCAUUGGGUUCUCAAGAGUUAGAGCCCCGCAGUGUUUUUGAUCUCAAUUGAGGUUUUCACUGCGUGACCAAGUUG